UGAGAGUUGUCCGUCUCAACUUUCAUAAUAAGCACGGAAGUCACGAACUCUCCUCCUUCAUAAAACCCUCCUACUUUCCCAUUUUCCCUUUCCAGGGGUUUGGCAUUACGUGUUUCGCAUUUGCAUAUAAAUUUCCCAGAAUUACGGCUUCAAAUCUCUUUCGCUGGUAUUGUGUUUUCAGAGUGAAUUUAUUGAGGUUUGUUGUUUCAUGGAAUCGAAAAACCCAGCCAGGUUUACACUGGGGAGGCAAUCAUCACUGGCCCCCGAAAGGCAUAGCGACGAAUCGAAGCUGCAUCAAGACGGCGAUGCCCUUGGAGAUAUUGAUCCGGGAUUUAGGCUGCUGUGUUUGGCCAAUGAAGGCGAUCUGGACGGUAUUCGUGAGUUAUUAAAUACGGGGGUUAAUGUGAAUUAUAGAGAUAUUGAUAAUCGCACGCCUCUUCAUGUUGCGGCCUGUCAGGGAUUGACUGAUGUGGUUAGUCUGUUGCUCGAAAAAGGGGCUGUGGUCGAGCCACAAGAUCGCUGGGGGAGCACGCCUCUUGCAGAUGCUAUACAUUAUAAAAACAACGAUGUGAUCGAUUUAUUGGAGAAGCACGGAGCAAAGCCUCUGGUGGCCCCUAUGCAUGUUAACCAUGCACGGGAAGUACCAGAAUAUGAAAUUGAUCCUAAGGAGCUUGAUUUUACCGAUAGUGAGGAGAUAACUAAGGGAACUUUCUGUAGUGCAUUGUGGCGUGGAACAAAGGUUGCUGUAAAAAAGCUUGGGGAUGAUGUCAUUAAUAAUGAGGAGAAAGUGAAGGCCUUCAGAGACGAGCUUGCCUUGUUUCAGAAGAUUCGGCACCCUAAUGUAGUCCAGUUUCUGGGUGCCGUGACUCAGAGCAGCCCAAUGAUGAUUGUGAUAGAAUAUCUUCCCAAGGGAGAUCUUUGUGCAUUCUUGAAAAAAAAAGGAGCUUUAAGACCAACAACAGCUGUGAGAUUUGCUCUUGAUAUUGCUAGGGGAAUGAACUAUUUGCAUGAAAAUAAGCCAUCGCCAAUAAUUCAUCGUGACCUUGAGCCCUCUAAUAUAUUGCGGGAUGAUUCGGGCCACCUAAAAGUUGCAGACUUCGGGGGCAGCAAAUUGCUGGCAGUUAAAGAAGACAGGCCUUUAUCCUGCCAAGAGACAUCUUGCCGCUAUGUGGCUCCAGAGGUUUUCAAUCAGGAAGAGUAUGACACCAAAGUGGAUGUCUUCUCAUUCGCUUUAAUUCUGCAAGAGAUGAUAGAGGGCUGCCCCCCUUUUUUCACAAAGCAAGAUGAUGAGGUUCCUAAGGUAUAUGCUGCAAAGGAGCGUCCUCCUUUCAGAGCUCCAGCCAAGCGUUAUGGCCAUGGACUGAGAGAACUGAUUGAAGAGUGCUGGAAUGAGAAUCCAGCAAAGAGGCCAACAUUUAGGCAAAUAAUAACGAGGCUUGAAUCCAUGUACAACACUUUUGCUCAUAAAAGACGAUGGAAGGUUAGGCCACUGAAAUGCUUCCAGAAUCUGGAAGCCAUGUUGAAGAGAGACCACUCAAAUUCAAGCAGUCGCGGCGGCUCAUCUCGUUCUACAGCCAGCAGUUUAUGAAUUAAGCAAAAGAACGUAGAUUGGUUCCUCACUUUGACUCUUUUCUUGGAUAGGGGUUGGAAUUGAUAUUGAAAUAUCAUGGAAGCAUUCUUUGUGUCUUAGAUUUUCGAGAUUCUUCGAGCUCUUGUGCUGAGCAUUACCACAUGUUGUAGCAUAUAAAUAUUGCUUUUAAUAUGUACGUUGUGUGUAUAAUGUAAUAAGAAUUUACUUCUUCACUAAACUAAUGUUCCAACUGGGAACCAA